UUCGUGCCACACCUGCUUUAAGCAUGCAGAACAACUUUACUUCCUCAUGUUUCCACUUCAAGGUCCAUUUACUUCUCAUUUUGUCUUUUCUGGUUUGACACAAUGCAUAUUAGCAGCUUCUUUUCUCUGGUGUUUUUAUUCUCCAUAUUUCCAAGAGCAGAUGCUCUCUUUGGUUACGCUCUACUUCGUUGCCAGUUUACUUCCACCAGAGAAGUUGUUUAUGUGGAACAACUCUACUUUAAAAAGGUGCUUCUACUCCAAUACAACAGCACUUUAGGAAAUUUUACAGGUUACACAGACAAAACAAAGAAAAUAGCAGAUUACUUAAACAAAGACCAAGCUUUUUUAAAAGACGAAAAAAGAAAUGAAGAGUCAUGCAAAUCCUUUGUCCCAAUUGCAACUGAUAUCCUUUCAAGACCAGUGGAGCCCUACGUCAGGCUGAGAUCAGUUGAGGCACCGGGCAACAGGCAUCCAGGCAUGCUGAUGUGUAGCGUGUAUGACUUUUACCCCAAACAAAUCAGAGUGACGUGGUUGAGAAACGGAGAGGAGGUGACAUCUGGUGUGAUGUCCACUGAUGAACUGUCCAAUGGGAACUGGCUCUACCAGAUCCACUCCUAUCUGGAGUAUACACCCAGAUUUGGAGAGACAAUCAGCUGUGUGGUGGAGCAUGCCAGCCUCAUAAAGCCCAAGAAAUAUGACUGGGUCCCAAUGCCUGAGUCAGAGAAGAAUAAGAUUGCUGUAGGGACAGCAGGGCUGCUGCUGGGUCUGAUCUUUUUACUUGCUGGACUGAUUUACUACAAGAAGAACAGUAUUGGUGAGAGACAUGACAAAGGUUUCCAAUGUUAGCAGCAGAGGUUAAAAAAAAGUGUGGAGAGAUACUAUAAACAGGACCUUUUUAAAACUAUCACUGUAUCUGUAAUGUGUGUAAUCACACAUUCAUUUAAGAGCUAACAUAUUGCAUAGCAUUGUUUAUUUGUCUGGAAUGCAGCUCACAGAUGUCAGUGCAGAAAAGAUUUAAUGUUUCAUUAUCUUUAAAAUCUUAGAGCACCAGAGACCACAAGUGAUUAUUUCCACAUCUAAAUCCAUCAGUGUGUAAUAACACAUUUGUCAAGAUCUGUUAUGUAAUGAGACAGCCUAGAUUUUAACCCUUCAACAACAAAUUAUUGUGAUUCAGAAUUAACAAUGUGUGUCUUCUUUUUGUUUUUAUUCCAGGUCGGGUGCUGGUACCAACAAGUUAAGGUGGUCUGGGUCCUUGGCUGAAACAUUUGUAAUCUACAGAGAAAAUCAGUUGACUUUCUAAUUCUGGAAUUAUCCGAACAAAAUGUGCAGACGACAAAAUAAAGAGCAAGGUUUCUAUGUGGCAUAAAUCACACAGUUCUUAUUGCUUUACUCAGUUAAUAUGCUAUAAGUAGAUUUUACUGAUGUUUCAUGGAAACUGGUUUGACAAUAUUUUUUGUGGGUGGUU